AUGGAGACGGACCUCCCUUUCGCAGAGCGGCUCGCCGCCUUGGCAAAGCGCGCAAACGCUGCAGGCGCCACCGGCUGCGCUGCUGCACUCUUUGCGGCAGCCUUUGCCGUCGGUGGCCGCGUCGAGGAGCGUGUGGCGACUGCCAACAUGCAUCUCAAGGCUGGAAACGCGACGCUCGCAAAGACAGAGUACCAGACUAUGCUCGCAGACCCGUCGCUCCCUCCCAAGGUGCGUCAGAUGGUGGAACGCAAGCGAGACGAAGCCGCCGCCGCCCUCGCCAAGAGCGGCCUCGAACCUGGCACUCUCUCUCAGUCGACCACGCAGCAGCUGCGCACAGAGGCGAGAUGGCGAAAGGCUGAGUCCACUGGCCCCGUCGUGGCCGACGAGCUCAAGGCCUUUGGCGCAAAGGCGAACCGGAAGGGCGCCCAUGCCCUCGCUCGUGACGUCUACUCAGCAGCAUUUGCCCUCACCGACCGGCUCGACAACCGCAUCUCUUCAGCCAACAUGCGGCUCAAGGCGCACCUGGGUUCUAUGGGUGACGAAGCCAGCAUCCGCAUCGCGGCCGGCGAGUAUGACCAGGUCGCUGCAACGGCGGCGGCCCCCGGUAAGGCGCUGCCCAAGGCGCAGGCGACCCUGCUGCGUCGGAAGCGGGCAGAGGCCUCUGCGGCGCUGCUACACCUUGGGUGCCGCGACGACGUGCUGCUGAUUGCGUUCGGUCCGAUGGCCGACCCGCUCCUUCCGGCAGCCGCGGUCGCCCUGUCCUCAACCUGCCGCGUCGUUUGGCGGGCAGCACGCCCGACGCUCCGGGCGCUCAAGGCGUGGCACGCUGGUGCCGGCGCCCUGUGCGGCAAGAUUGGCUCUCAGCCGCAAGCCCGCCACCUCCCGAUUGAGUGCUCACCCGCUGGCCUCAAAAAGGCGGACGCGCUCUGCUUCAAGAAUGGCGCGGCCCUCACGCCGGCCGAUGCUGCGACCCUCGGCCACCUGAUCGAGUGCGGCUCCUUUUCCGGGCUGGGGUCACUCGACCUCGACAACACGCGGCUCGAUCGCGCGGGGGUGAGAACGGUUGUCCAGGGAAUCGCCGGUGGCACGCUCCCGCGUCUGCGCAGCAUCAACUUUGGUAAUCACGAGGUCGGCGACGCGGUGCUCGUGGCGUUGGCGUCCUCGCUCGGCGCGGACCCGACCAACGUGCUGCCGUGGCUCACGGAGCUUCAUCUCUACGGAACGAGCGUCGGCGACGAGGGCGUGUGCGAGCUCCUGACGGCCGCGACUGUGGGCGCGCUGCCCCGCCUGGAGCUGCUCUCGCUGGACGGCAACAAGGGGGUCCGUAGUCGCAGCGCCGUGACCCUCGUGGACGCGUGCGCUCAAGGCGCGCUGCCGCGGCUCCGGGACCUCAAGCUCGCCUGGACCUCCAUCGACGACGUCGCCGUCGCGGCGAUGGCAAAGGCCGGCGCCUCGGGCGGCUUUGCGAGGCUGGAGGGGCUGCACGUCGAGGGCAACGACGGCAUCACUUUGGAGGGCGUCGAUGCACUCGCCGCCGCUCUCGAGGCGGGCGCCUUCCCGGCGCUCAUGCACCUGUCGCUGCCGGGGAAGCACCAGGGCCGACCCGACAUGCUGGCGCUGCGCGAGGCACGCGACGGGUUCUACUGCUGA